AUGUCAUCAUCUAGUACAAUGACUCCAUCACCUCAUCAUCAUCAUUCUAGUAGUGGUGGUGGUAUUGGUGGUGAUAGUAUUGAUGAUCAUCAUACUAAUAAUAAUAAUAAUAAUAACAAAUCAAAUAUUAAUAUUUUCUUCCAACAAUUAACAAUAUCAUAUACAGAAAUUGAUUGGAUUGCAUAUAUGGAAGAAGUUAAAGGUUUUUUAAAUGGAGAUUGGGAUUAUUCACAUUUACAUGGUCAAACAGGACCACUUGUAUAUCCUGCUUUAUUUGUUUAUAUUUAUUCUAUUUUAAAUAUAAUUACUUUAGAUGGAACAAUUGAAUAUGUUUGGAAUGUUUAUCCAUCCACUUCAUUCUCAUCUGCUCUUUUACAUUUGUGUCAUUUCAUUAUUUUAUUAGGUUUAUUAUUCACUCCAUCACCUGCUUCUAAAAUGAAUGAAAAUGGAACUAUUAUUAAUCAAAAUAAUGAUAAUAAUAAUAUUAAUGAUAUGAACAAUACAACAACACCAACACCAACAACUAUUAAUCAAAGUAAUAUUGUUGAUAAUGUUAGUGUUUGUAACAAUGAUGAUGAUACAAAGAAGAAGAAUAAUUAA